AGACCCGGUACUGCCGCUCCGCUCCUGCAGGCGGCGCUGUUUGAUAUCAAAUCACGACCACUGCCGUAUUCUGACACAGAGGGAACAAGAUGGCGUCCGGCAGCGGGUCCAGUAAGAACGACUUCCGUCGGAAGUGGGACAAAGACGAGUAUGAAAACCUCGCUCAGAAACGUCUGGCUGAGGAGCGAGACCGAGAGCGGCGAGAUGGGAAAAUUGCGCCCCCGGUCAAGCGGGACCUCCUGCGUCACAGAGACUAUAAGGUGGAUCUGGAGUCCAAACUGGGGAAGACCAUCGUCAUCACGAAGACGACUCCUCAGGCCGAGAUGGGCGGUUAUUACUGUAACGUGUGCGACUGUGUGGUGAAAGACUCCAUCAACUUCCUGGAUCACAUCAACGGGAAAAAACACCAGAGGAACCUGGGCAUGUCGAUGCGGGUGGAGCGCUCGUCUUUGGAUCAGGUGAAGAAGCGCUUCGAGGUGAACAAGAAGAAGAUGGAGGAGAAGCAGAAGGAGUACGACUUUGAGGAGCGAAUGAAGGAGCUGCGUGAGGAGGAGGAGAAGGCGAAGGCCUAUAAGAAGGAGAAGCUGAAGGAGAGGAAGCGGCGUGCGGAGGACGACGUGGACUUCGAGGAGGACGACGAGAUGGCGGCUGUGAUGGGGUUCUCGGGUUUUGGCUCAUCCAAGAAGGGUCACUGACGCUCUGCAGCCCGACUCCAACGUGCCAACCACGGCGCUCCAAGACAGGAACCUGGUUUUAUCUCCGCCCCCUCAGUCAGCUGGACUUUGAGACCAGAACGGGGAUGGAGGAGCUCUGCUGCAGCUGAUACUCCACACUCCUGGUUCAGAACUUUUUCCUUAAAAUAUUCCUUUUAUCUACAUCCGGGCUCCUUCUUUCCGGUAGUUUGAUCCUCGACUCUGUCCUUUCUGAACCCAGCAGGUAAAGAUGAGACAGGAAGUCCAUAUUGAGCUGAUUGUGUACGCAGGAAGCAGAGUGAAAAACGAGACUAUGACUGCAGAUCAAUGGUUUAGUUUCCAGUAGUAACACCCUCCCAACAUGGAAGUUUUUUAACUAAGUUUGGAUAUAAAUCAUUGAAGAGUUUCAACGACUUAAUUUAAGAAACGAGCGACUUUAAACUCCGACCUCGUAGAGUUUAGUUUGAUUGUCUGAACUCGUUCGUUGUUUGUUUGGGGAAUUCUUGUUGUAAUAAACAUCUUUUUUUUAAAUAA